CAGAUAUUAAUAUUCUGACUCCACGUUCUGUUCCGCAAUUUUUCCACAAUCGCGUUGCACUGUUCAGCACUAUUUUUACCUCUAUUGAACGACAAAAAUGCCUGCACACCAUUUGACAGUUCCAUUAUAUUUAUCAGUUUCGUUAUUGGUGGCGUGUCCCUCUUUUGGUGUCAAUACAUACAGAUCCUGCUCCUAUGCAGUCCAUCACAGGGCGACAUGGAAGGAAACGAUAGAUACCGCCGUCGUCGCUCAACAACACGCAAAGUGGAAAUAACGGCCGACAUUGGCCCCAGGGACCUCGGAAACGUGGACAUCGACCUACGCCGCGCUCUGUUCAACAGGGAAGGCCACCGGGAGUCCUCUAUGUGCUCUGGGAUCAGCAUCAAGCCAAAGCCCUCCAUCGCGCAGGGUGUGCCGAAGGACGCUAUCGGCAAGCGAGUUUGGUUCGCUUCAGACACCAAGUUCAAGUCUCCCGUAAGCGACAGCGAGACCGAUCAGAGGUCGGCGAAGAUACGACAGAGGUUGAAGACGACGUGGCCCGUCAGCCGGGACGAUGUGACACAGAGCCUCAACGAAAAGAGUCACUGCGUUCGGGAUUCUGUGGACAGUUAUAAAAUGUUCGUCCAAAAAUACGUGAACCCUGAAUCGCCGAGGUCCUCAGUGAGUGAUGAUAACAGCGAACAUCGAUCAUUGGAGUCACCUAAACACAAGGAACACAGCACAUCGUUUGCCGGGAACUUAGAACAAGUCGACGCGUCAAGAUUGCACGGUCUCGAUUCCGAACCGAAAGAACCGAUAAACAAGCACAUUCCAGGAUUGUCUACAAGACCUCAUUUCUCCGAGUCUGCUUCGUAUUUGUCUGAUGACGUUUGGCCUUGGCCUUGGCUUGACCCCAAGAAAAGGUCAUAUGAAGUCUAUGUUGACAUGACAGUAGAAAAGGUGACCUUCUCGCAACAGAGCCAGCUCAGGAAGGCCAAAGUUCCUUUAUUGGCUCGCACACUGAAGAGGUACCUGGAAUCGGUGAAGCCCUGUGUACUGGAGGCUCAGUUUGCCGCUACAAAAAUAAUAGUAGAGAAUUUUGCUCUCUCUGCGGGGAAAAAGUACAAUGAGCAGCUGUUGGAGAACGUGGAAGGCUCUAAAGACUGGCAAAAGACAGCGCUACCUAACUAUACACACGUUUUCUCUCAGCAAGAACAGCCUCUGCGGAAUAUAUCAAUUGUGUUACCUUUAAUGAAUGAUCUAUGGCCAGCUAAAGAAGGCACACAACUUGAAAGAUCUACACUGUUGAUAAAAUUAACUUUAGAUUUUUGGAAACUCUUGCGAGAGCAGCAUCUUAGGCCUUUGACUGGCGAUGACAAAGCUUAUGUAUGCAUGCAUUCUUUCCGAAAGUUGUUCUCCUCAUGUAGAAUUCCUGGUAUCCCAGAAGAUGGAAUUGCGGCUACUUUUCGGUGCACGGGAGAUAUAGAAGAGACUCCGAAACACUUCGUUGUCAUUUGCAGAGGAAAUUUCUUUAUUGUAGAUGGCGUAGACGAGGAUGGCAGAGUGAUCGGAAUAAAUGUCAUAAGGCAGAGCCUUGAGGAGAUGGUCAGGUCAAUGGAAAGCGGGCUGAUAGACGAGGCUCCAGGGAUCGGAGUCCUGACAUCAGCCAACAAAAACAAGUGGAGCUGGGCUAGAGAUGUACUUAUGUCUAUCAGUGAGGACAAUGCAGGCAACCUUCAGCUGAUUGAGCAAGCGAUCUUUGUGAUCAGCCUCGAUCACCUGAACGCAAACCCGUCCAAGAUCAGCCACGAGGCGGUGUUUGCCGACGGCUGCAACCGGUGGUACGAUAAAGGGUUGAGCUUCUACGUGUACGCCAAUGGCUUAGUGACCGCUAGCGUGAACAGGUUGCUACAGGACGGCUUGGCUGUGGCAGCACUGCUUGAUUACAUACACUUGAGGGUAAUGGAAGAUGCGGAGAAAUGGGACGAUGACGUCGCCAUCUCGAUAAGUCAGUGUGCUCUUUCUUCCCCAGGCUUUCUCACGGACACAGAUGAUUUUUUCCUCAAACUCGGUGCUAGAGCGAGCGAGAUAUCCAACUUGGCGUGGACAUCAGAACAGAGCUCAUCUGUGCGGACCUCGACAAGCAGCUUUCUUGGAGGACCACGGGUUUUGGUUUUUGAUAUAAACGACUUCAUAGAGGGAGAAAUCGAGACAGCUAAGAGGACGUUUGCCUCACUCCAAGCGGCUCUCUGCUCUGCCGAAUGCACCUACGAUCGACUCGAAAAGAACCUGCUUCAGAAAAGAGGGAUACAUCCAGACGCGUUUGCCCAUCUCGUCAUGCAUUUGACCUAUUUCCGCAUGUAUUUCCGUUUGGGUGCGAUCGGGACAAGGGUGCAUCUAAGACGGCUGUACCACGGCAGGUACGAACUGAUGAGGUCAGCCACCCCGCAGAUUCUUGCUUGGUGCAAGGUGAUGAUGUCACCUGAUGCUGACCAAGCUCUGAAGGCGAGUGCUUUCUGGGUUGCUGAGAAGCAGCAUGAACAAAUCUAUGAAGAAAACGUCAGCGGCCAGGGAAUUGAAAAUCACUUGACAUCACUGAAGCUCAUUGGAGAUUUAAUGGAUGGAGCCGUUCCGGAAUUGUUUCGAGACGAAUCGUACCUCUUGUCGGGCGGGGACGAGCGUUUUCCCGUGUUUGCAGAGAGCUUGGGGGAUAAUUUCUUGAGCGUGCCGGUAGUAGUUCCCACUCACACGAAAGGGUACGGCGUGGGUUAUACCGUGGUCAACGGCAGGAUCAGUUUCCACGUGACCUCCUGGAAUGACGAGCCCAGCACGUCAGCGGACCUCUUCGCAGCCAGUCUCUACAGAACGCUGGAGACCAAUCACGACUUCUUCCUGUCUCUGUAGUCACAGGACCAGUGAUGCCAUUUUCCUGUCUUUGUAAUCAAAGUUCCAAUCACGACUAGUCACAAGACGAGUUACGACAUUUUUGUCUCUACAGUCACAGAACAAAACACGACAUUUGCCGUGCCUGUAAUCAAAGUCAUAGUUCCAAUUAUGACACUUUUCUAUCUCUGUAAUCACACUUCCAAUCAUGACAUUUUAGGGCCUCUGUAGUCACUAGACCUAUCAUAGUUUUUUCCUGUCUCUGUAAUCCCACUUCCAACAACGACAUUUUCCUGCCUCUAUAGUCACAAAACCAAUUACGACGAUUUCUUGUCUGUAUGGUCCACGGGCAAAAUUACGCUAUCAUUAUUUUCGGGAAAUUGACUAAAAUGUUGUAACGAAUAAAACCAAGGACGUCAAAGCGGAAAAGUAUAGACUUUUGUCAAUGGUAGGGUUUGUUUUCUUCAAAUGCUGACAAUUUGGCCUAUUCACGUUAUCAUUGAACUACGUCAUUUACACACAUACACGCACACAUACACACACACACACACACACACACACACACACACACACACACACGUGCGCGCGCAUACACACACACACGCACACACACACACAUACACACAAACACAUGCGCGAGGGCGGGCGGGCGCAUGUGUGCAUACAAACACAUACGGGACUUUUAAAGAAAUUGUACAAUUUUGGCAGAGCAUUGUUUUUUAGAAAAUGAAGUCGUCAUGAUAUAGCUCAAUUUUUGUACGAUGGAUUCAGCAUGUCCCUGGAAGUCUAGUGUAAAAUGAUGAAGCUUGAUUCUGAACAAUAGCGAAGAUAGAGGUCUCUAUGAAUUAUGUACUGUGAUUAAAAAUUUUCCUUUCCUUUAAUAACAGCAUAUUAUUAAGCAGUGAGCAUGAAUACUAUGUAUAAAAAAAUGCAAUUUUCGUGUUUUAAUUGUUUGACCUGGUCAAUCACUGGGGCUGUAUGACACUAAAAACUUUCUGUGUUCUGUUAACACUUAACGUUUCAUAUUCCUCU